AUGCGAUGGGAAGCGCUAUUGGUCGCUUGGGCUGCGCACUGGCUUGAUUUGGGGCGAAAGGCUCCCACGCUCACUUGCUUCCCACCUCCUGAACCUUGCGUGUGUGAGUGCCGAGUGGAGGUGAUUCAUAGUGAGAACAGGACCCACGAAGGCACGACCCAAGGACAUUGGAACCAGUCGUGGUUGUGGCAGGGCGCAGGGGCAUCUUUGAUCACUGUGGGCUCCGCCCUGGGCAUCAGAUCCUGGAUAGCGGCGGAAUCAUUGAGUAUGUCGGCUGACUAUGAUGCUGGUGCCAAAGUGAUUGUCUGGUACACGGACGACGACGUGUGGCAUGAGCGGAUUGUCCUGGCUCCAGGUCUGGUAGCUGGAACCUGGUGGGUGUUGACCCCUGAUGGGGACGUCUACGAAGAAUCCCUCUUGGGCAAGGCCAAGGAUGGUCCAGACAAAGUUCGCCACGUCCCCUUUGGAGUGCGCACCCUGGCUAAUCUGAGGCGAGGCGUAUAUCGCUUCAAGAAGCCCUUGGACGAUGCAGAGCUGAAGGGUCACGUGAGGCAGGCCCAUGAGGCCCAUCGCAGUGCCCAUGGAAGGCUCCCUGGUGACGGGACUGGACAGGUGCUUCUGGCCGAUGGAAGCCUGGUGGGAUUGGAGGGUUGGCUUCAGCCUCGGUUUCGGGUCACAGCGAAAGGACCUAGACGGGCUGCAGUACAACAUGGACCAAUUCCGGCGGGCUCCAGAUGGAGAGUGGCUGAUCCCAGAGGUUCUUUCACUUUGGGAAUGGAAGUGCGGGCUCUACAAGGCGACGAUCUCCGCCUGUCCGACACAGAUGGGGUGAUCGUCCGUGAGGGCCGCUGGCUUCGAGUCGAAGUAGUCGAGGAUGAUGCCUUCGACGAAUGGCUGUCCAGGCGACAGCUCGAGCUGGGAGUCUCCGAGGCAGUGUCAAUCGACAAGGCCUUGGGCGUUGGGAGUCUUGACGAGCCGGAGACGCAGAUCACGGAGGAGAAGGUCAAGCCGUCCGAGGUCGAUGACGCCCGUACCUUGUGGGUCGAGUACGACUCCCAAGGUGAACGAUACAGGGACUGGAGACGAGUGGUUCAGGAUUCGAGCUCAUCCAUCUUCAGCGAUUGGCCGCACCAGGGUCCCCAAAGCACACUCCACAUGUUAAAGCAUUGCUUGAAGCACGGCGGUGAGCCCCGUUCAUGGAUGCAGCUGUGGAUGAAGAAGCACAACGUGGCGGAGCACGACCGAACUGCCCACGAGCUCCGAGCCCUCAUCGAGAUCAUUUAUUUGGGGGGAAGUUACGAUCAACUUAACCUUCCAAGCCUUGCGAGCUUUGAAGCUGCUUCCAGACGUGUUCAAACCAUCGUAGAGGCAUUUGCCUCGGGGAGCGCGGCAGGGCCCGAGUGGGGCCACGCCCGACUCUUCACCGGGAGCUUUUCUCCCGACGAUCUGGUUUCGCCCGAGCUGCGCGCUUGGGCGGCCAAGCGAGGCAAAGAAGGAACUGCAGACUGCAAGAAGCAUUCCCUGGUGGCGGGGGUCGUGGACGGGGCCGGGGCCGCGCCAGGGGGAGGUCGCCUUCUUCUAGCAGCCCUGGGAAUCGGCUCUUCCCUCUUCCUCGCCCUGAGUGGGAAGAAGGCCGGUGAGCCGCCGCUGCGCACAGAGGCGCUGGCGCGAUCAUCAGUUCGCUCCGAGGCCAGUUUUUUGCCUGCGCUUUCCGGUGAGGCAGCCAUUAGAGAGCUGCUCAAGGGAAGCUCUGAGUAUCAGGGACUCCCGUCAACUUUGGCGAGUUUCAUGGGCGAGCGCGUCUCUCUACCUGAAGAUUUACAUGAUUCACCUCAGAUCCUCGAUCUUCUACCUCAAGACGCCCGUCGCCACCUAGAAGCUCCUGAGCGCAUGCUUCGUGAGACUCCUGAGGACUGCACCAUUGUUCCAUACUGGGAUCCGGUUCUGAGGGGAAGUCUAAAAGAGUAUCGUAAAUUCAUUCAGAAGCUGUACCGCAUCGGUUUCCUCGACCUGACCUUGGUUCCUGCUGAGAGGGCUGGGGCCUUUUUCGUCAAGAAGUCGGACGGUGUCAAGCAGAGAUUGAUCAUCGAUGGAAGGCGAGCUAACGCUAGACUUGUUGAUCCCCCUGCUGUCCGACUUUGUACUCCUGAGGCCUUUGCCCGCAUCGAGAUUGAGAUUGACCCGGGCUCGGGCAUGGACUUCGAGGCGCUCAUCAACGGGGUCGGGCUGCAUGUAGGACUGUCAGAUGUAAAAGAUUGCUUCCACAGGAUGUUGGCCCACUCAAGGCUGGUGAACGAUCGAAGCGACCCCGUCGUUAUCCAGGCGAACCUGGAGGAGAACCAGGCCGGGGUUUCAGGAGAUUACCACUAUGUGUACGUGGACAACUUGGGGUUGAUGUCGACUGACCGCAGGUAUGUCUCGGAGUCCCUCAAAGAGGUCGAGAACACCUUCAAUGCGCGCGGCCUGCUCUUGCACCCUGGCGAGGUCAUGUUUGGCCAGGCCGAAGCCCUGGGGUGUCGAUUGGACAUGCAAGCUCGCAGCACACAGGUGAAGCCAGAUAGAGCGUUGCGUAUCCGGAAGGCACUCGAUGGGCUCUUGACGCGGGGGCGAUCCACGGGACGGCUGUUGGAGGUUGUCAUAGGCCACCUGACGUAUGCUUUCCUGGUGAAUCGUCCGCUGCUUUCAAUUUUCCAUCAUUGCUACCGGUUCGUCAGGCGCCACUAUCUGGAGAAGGCAAAGCUAUGGCCCAGCGUCAUCGAGGAGCUGAAGGCAGCGCGCGGGGCCUUAAUCUUCUGCCGUAGUGACUGGUGGAGACAAUGGAACGACUUGAUCUCUGCCAGCGAUGCCAGUCUAGAGGGAUAUGGCGUCUGUACCUGCAAGGCACCCAAAGCUGCGGUGUCCGCUGUGGGCCGGCUCUCUGAGAGGGAGAGGUUCAAGCGACGCGCGGGCCACUCAGCUCGGGAGUCUGCGCUGGAGGCCUUGCAUGCUGACCUGGAAAGUCACUCAGAGGUCGACGAUGAGCUCCUGGCAUCAGCUGGAUGGGCCGCCUCACGGGAAUUCGCCGAAGUUCCGGCGAGCCUCCUCAGGAAGGACCUGUGGGACGUCAAGAGGGCUGGGCGCUGGAGGUUUCAAGAAGGCGAAGGGAUCUAUGAGCUUGAGUCGCGCGCCCUCCUCAUGUCUCUGGAGCGGGUUGUCUGCAGCAGGCACGGUCGUGAUAUGAGACAACUAUUGUUAGUGGACAAUAUGGCUGUCAGUCUUGCUUUCGAACGUUGUCGUAGUCGUCACUUCGGGGUUCUGAAGGUGAUCAGGAAGUUCGGGGCGUACUGCUUAGGGCGCAACGUCUCGACCUCCGUGCGAUGGGUCCCCUCUGAAGCCAAUGCUGCCGAUGGGCCAUCUCGUGCUGCCCCAAGGUUCGAGAAAGAGGCAGCUGAGUCCGAGGCCAACAGUAAAGUCAGCGGCAAAGAAGAGAGGCAGCGAGUGGUGGCAAAGCGUGUGCGCCGCCGGCUCCGAAAGUACUUAGAGGCACGGGAAGCGGCAGCUCAGAGAGGGAGCACCUUCCUCGAGGAGCAGGCCGUCACUCAGAAGGUCCAGGCCUACUACCGAAAAGAGGUGGUGGGUUUCAAGGCCUUCGUGAAGCGGCUCCGACUAAGCCUCGCAACCAGCAGCGAUGUGGAUGCGGCCAUGGUGACGUACCUCAACGACAUGUUCUGGGCGGGGGAGCAACCGCACAGAGGAGACAAGUUGUUGGCGGGUUUCCUGCAUGCCAACCCAGAGUAUGGCAAGCGUGGCAGCCUGAAGCUGCCCAGGUCCUGGAGAGGCGCGGGUUCACCCGCAGUGGCGCUCUCAAGCUAUGCGAGGCCGUCCGAGCUGCUUCGGUGCACAGUGUACUCGCUAGUGAGCCCAGUGCGCCACACACUCGAGGAGUGGAGUCUGCUUCUUUCCCCGGAGCAUCUGGGGGAACCUUCAAAGACAGGGGAGUUCGACACCUCACUGAUCUUGGACUCACCGUACCUCCUUUCUUGGGGGCCAAUCGUCUUCGCAGCGCUCAAGAAACAGCACGCGUCCACGCCACUUUGGGAUUUCAACUACGGCGAGUUCGUCAAGGUGUUCAGCGACGUGACCGCCGCACUGGGUGUGAGUCUGUCCCCGUAUCAGAUGCGCCACUCCGGCCCGAGCAUCGACCGAGCCAGAAACCUCCGCACCCAGCACGAGGUCCAGCGAAGGGGCACUUGGAAAAGUCGCAAGUCCGUCCUCAGGUACGAGAAGUCAGGACGUUUGGCGUCUGCCUUCCUCGAGCUUCCAGAAAAGCUGAGGACGCACUGCCAGCUGUGCGAAGAACGUCUCGGGGAUAUUAUCCUCGGCAAAUGGAACCCACCUGGGCGCCACCUCCUCGACUUGUUCAGCGGCAGAGGAGGCGUGGCUCGGGCGCUUCGACGCUUGGGAUUUCGAUCUUUUGAAUGGGACACCCGGCAAGGCAAAGACUACGACCUGACGUCGCAGAAAGUUCUGCGCAAUCUCCGAAGAGCAAUCUUCCGUUCCGAAGUGCUCGGUGCCAUGUUAGCUGUUCCUUGCCGUUCUUUCUCAAGUACUCGAGAUCGUACAGCGGCAACACGAAAUGAGGCACAUCCAUGGGGGAUGCCUGGCGAGUUUUUGUCGGAACAAGAUUGUCGAAAAGUGCAACAGGGUAAUGAGACUAUUCGGGCUGCGUUGCGCAUCGUGGCAUGGCUUGAUCGUUUCUCUCUCCCUUGGUGCAUCGCAGGUCCUUGGAGCAGUAAGCUGUGGCAUCUCCCUGAAUUGCAGGAGCUCCUCCAGCGUCCUCAUGUUCAUUACCAGGCCAUCGACUUGACGAGGCCUCUGCUCAUGCACAGGCCUGCCACAUCGCCGCUCCAAAGGAUCGUCGGUGGCGGAGGUCUACCCGGCCAAGCUCUGCUCAGACCUCGGCAUGGCCUUGGCCAGCCCCUACUUGCUUACAGAUCCGUCAUCUACGUGGUUCACAUCCUGAUUUGGGAUGAUUUGGGAGGUGGAGGCAUUGACUUUCUCUUUCAAUCCCUGUUCAGUAUGAUCGGCGAUGCAGCUGAUGCUUUGCACCGCAUGUCUCACGAGAUCGCAAAGACUUCUGCCGAAGACAUGAGAGUACGACCGCUGCAAAAUGAUCAGCGAUGCAGAAGUAUGUUCGUGCGUGCACAGGAAUACUGA